AUGGCAAGCCAACUAUCAUCCGAGCAGGAGGAUGCUACCUCUGAAGGCGUCAGCAGCGGUAGUACCGGUACGCAUGAUGCAGAUGAAGAGAAUGAAGAAGAGGGAGGUUUACUAGUAGAUCCAAGAGCCAGCAAACGCCUCAAAGUGGAAGAUCCCGAAAUGAUCCCCUCGAGCAGUUUUGGGCCAUCUACUGAUCCCAAUGGAAAACGGAAGCAGCUGCAACUGCUUCUGGCUGCUCUCCAACAUCAACAGUCUGAUGACGUUUGUCUCAAGACCUUAUCAGAUUUGUUCGAAGUACUGAGAGACGAGAAUCCAGGAGAUGGAAUCACUUUGGCACUGUACCAUGCCUGUGGACACAAGGAUAUUCUCAGUAUUGCCAGUCAAAACAGCAACUGCAAUGGCAAUCAAGAUUGGAAAGAACAGCAACAACUGGCAGUGGUGGUGGAAGCGUUCUUUGUUUUGACCAUUCUCAUGUGUCCCUCCAGAGCCAAACGAGUGGGAUUUCAAGACCAUCAUCACCAUUUGCUACUGGUCAGUCUCAAGUGUUUGAACACCGCACAGAUUGCCAUGGCGGCCAUACAGCGACAACAACAUUCCUCACCACCACCACCACCACCACCACCACCACCACAACCGCAACAACCGAAAAUUGCCUAUUGGGCGUUGGCUGUCAUUUAUGGAAUCAUGGAGAUCUACUCACUGCCAGAAUUGUUUCAACACCAAAACAACAAUGACGACGACGACAGCAGCAGCAAGAGCAUCAUGGAGACUACCGUCCAAACCAUACGGGCUCAUCCCGAUCAUUCCAAGAUACUAAGACUUGGUUGCCAAAUUCUUAAAAAGGCAGCUUCCUUGGCAGUCACCACCACCACAAAUCAGAAACCUACACCUACCAAUGACAGCCAGAAAUCAAAACCUCCCCUCGGCUGGUCAAUGGACAGCAUCAUGAAAAAUCCCUUUCGAGCAAGCACGACCACCACCACGACGAAGACGAUAGCAGCCAAGACCUCGUCGUUCUUUGCCAUCUUCAAACGAGAACCAGAGGACUCAGAGUCGUCCAACACAACCCACGACGACGACAAAAUCAGUACGACUCGAUCGAGAUUCUUGCAAGUGGGGGCCAUUAGCGCAUUGGCGGCCGUCAUGGAACGAUACGACAAUCAUGACAAGGAUCAUUUCACGGGGGCCAUGGCGUGGGAUGCCCUACAAGCCAUUCUCGCUCUGCCACAGGAAUAA